UAUUUGAAAACUUAAUUUUUUAACAGCCAAUAUUUUACUCAACAAAUUGAAAUUGUGGCGACCUGUUUGUUUCGAUGUCCGGGCUCGGUUAUAUGUCCUGACAUGCAGACAAAAUACCUUUACGUAUCAAAAAUUUUGUAUUUUAUGAAACAGACGUCUUGGGUCGUCAAAGUUGAUGAAGGUUGGUUUUUUAGGAAUAUUCAUUGUAUAGCUCAAAGUUAAUAGUUUUUUGGCUGUUGAUCAUAGUCUUCUGUGUUCGGCGUUAAUAGCGAAUGACGCCUAUAUAGAACCAAUGGCGAGCAAACGUAUUUGGUAAAUUUUUUGCCCGAAGUAUAUAUUGUAACGGAGGACCUUUGUCCUAACAAACGAUAUGAAGCGCGGUACUUUAAGUAAAUUGAAAUGGUAUAUAACGGGGUGACGAUAAGAUAUAUAGCGUCAGGCGUAUACAGCAAUAAUAGGAAAUGGAUUCUUUGUAAAAUUGAUGGUUCUAGGAAAAGGUCUCACUGCAGGAAACCUCAUCUUGUUCCGGAUAUAUGGUGAUUUGGAUGAGCAGUGCCCCCUGGAACGAUUACGAAACGAUGUUUUAUAGAUAACCGUACGUACACGCAUCCAAAUUAGGCAUCCUAAGUGAUUUGAGUCUUCAAUAAUUAGAAUAAAGCGUUCUACAGUCUCAGUUCUCCACAUGAUGUCGUGUACUCGUACGUACCUUUUAAGUUCAUUUCUGUCGACCUCAAAAACACUAAAGUGUGAAAUUACUCUGUGUACAUUAGGGAUAAUUCUUCGGAAUCCUCCCGGAGCUACGAUUGUGAUCGUUUUAUUUACGGAAACAAAUAAUCAUACUUCGCAGUCUUGGUGUCACCUUCUAUGGUUAUCACUAGUCAACGUGAUCGGUACUCAUAGCUAGCUUUAUUACAAAGAUUUUAAAAGAUGAGAAAAUUAACCUCGAUUUAUAAUGCUGAUAUCGCUUAAAUUACAUUUAUAUUUAAGUAAAUUCACUUGAUUUUUAAUAGUUAGUAGUCUAUCCGUUUCUCAAUAGACGGAAAGGAAUGCGUAAAAAGUUGUUGACUUGUAAUCCCAUUCAGAAAUUUGCUGUCUCAGGUCAUUCCGCUGAAUAUGACGGGUAUCUAAGGCCAGUGUAUGAUUUGCCAGUCAGAGAGUUGAUAUAUAAGUUGUAUUUAGUAUCCUCCCUAGCUUCGCUCUUCAAGAACAGCAGUCAAAAAGGUUGACGAUUUUUGUUUUAUUGAAUUAGGUGAGUAAUACGAAUCAAAAUUUGGUCUCUGUAGCAAUUUUUUGAAUAUUUUGAUUUGCAUUUCAUAUUCGUACCGAGCUUCACACUUUAUGCCGCUAUAUUAGUUUAAAAUACUAUAUCGAUAAUGUAACGUAAAUAGGUUCGAAUUUACAGGGAUUUCAUUGGUAGUAGAAUAAGAUUAUCACUCAGCAAGGAAAGACAACUAGAUGACAGACCACGACUGGUUCGCCAUCUCACAGUUUAUGUUGUAAAGUGUUUUAGUUAGCAGGCUCAGUUUGUAUAAGUAUAAUGUAGGUAGUUUAUAUUAUAUAGUUUAAUUUGUAUAUAUAUAGAUAUUUUUUUUAACAUUCGAAGUUUACAUAUAAUAUACAUGAAAAGAUGAGCGCAUAUAUAACUAGGUUGCCUCUAUUUAUACUUGUCUUAUGUGUUUGCUGGACUUGUUGCCAGGGCCAGUGCCCCAGCAACUGCCGAUGUAAUGUGCGGAAGCGAGAGGUUCGAUGCCAGGGACGUUCAGGAAACGUCGAUGUCUCUGAUAUUCCAGCGAAUACACGAAUUUUGAAUUUGCGUGGAAACGAGUUUGACACAAUCGAAGCAUAUGCAUUUGCCCACCUACUCAGUCUUACACAUCUUUACGUUCAAGAAAACAAAAUCAGGAAGAUUGCCGCAAAUGCAUUUAUUGGACUACGCAGAUUGACACAUUUGCGUCUUUCAGGAAACAAACUAACAAUCUUGCGUCAGGGUGUGUUUUCAGGGUUGACAGCUCUUCGAGAAUUGGUCCUAAGCGAGAAUUCUAUUGGAGAUAUCCAAGAUGAUGUCUUUCAACCUUUAAAAAAUCUUCUUGUUUUUAAUAUAAAAAACAACGAAAUGAUAUCAAUAAGCGAUGAUAUAUUCACCGGACUGUCAAAAUUAAAGGUUUUAAAUUUAUCGAAUAAUAAGUUGGAGUUAAUUUCAACACCGACGUUCUUCCCUCUUCAAAAUUUGAGAAAAUUAUUUAUGGAUAAUAAUCAGCUCAAUGGUGUUCCCUCACAAGCAUUGUCAGGUGGUGCAAUGUUCCGUCUUGUAACAUUAAGCCUGCGUCAUAACAAAAUUCAACAUAUAGGGGAUAAAGCAUUUGCUUCCCUGCGGAAUCUAGUUGUACUAUUUUUAUCAAACAAUGAAAUAUCAUCUCUGAGUCCGACUUCAUUUUCUGGAAUACCAAAGUUGAAAUCGCUACAGUUAAAUGGAAACAAACUAAAAUAUAUUCAGGAAAUGCCUCCAAUGCCGAAUCUUGGUAAAUUUGGAUUAGCGUACAAUUUAUGGGAAUGUGACUGCAAAAUGCAGGAAUUUCGACGCUGGAUCGAAUCAACGGCAUUUGAUCUUGAAUGCAAAGGACCAUCAUACCUAAAUGAUCGUAAAUUCAAAUCUUUGGACAUAGAAGACCUAUAUUGUGACGAAAAACAAUACUAUGCUCUUCACAAAGAUCGAUUUCGGCCUCUACUACAAAUUACGUCGGAGAGAAAAGACAUUGUUGAACACACUAAUCAGGAGGAACAAUUUUAUUGUCCUCAUAAAUGUACUUGCGAUACUAGUCUCAAGCAUUUAGAUUGUGACAGCAAAAGUUUUACGUCCGUACCCACUGGAUUGUCAGAGGAGACGACGUUAAUUAAUUUGAGAAAUAAUAGAAUAAAAUCGAUCCAGGAAGGUAGUUUCUUUAGCCUUACAAGUCUGGUAUCCUUACAUCUCCAAUACAACAGAAUACAAAGGAUCGAAUCAAGAGCAUUUGAAGGACUACAUAAUUUGGUUUAUCUGUAUUUGGAAGAUAAUAAUUUGGAUACACUAGAUGCCGAAUCUUUUGUAGGGCUCAGGCGUUUAUCAUAUUUAUUUCUUGAUCGAAACCGCCUUGGUAUUCUUCCUCCCGGUAUAUUUCGACCUUUGACCUCGGUAUUUUCAAUUUACAUCCGAGACAAUCUGUUAGAAUCUAUUUCACCGCAAAACUUUGACGGAGUGGAAAGAUUACGUUGGCUUUACCUAUCUGGUAACAGACUGAAUUAUCUCGAAGACAAUACUUUUCGUUCGGUUCCCGAUAUGGAGCGUCUUCUACUUGAUCGCAAUGAAUUCACUUCUGUUCCCGCAGAAGCGUUAAAAGGCUUAGGAUAUUUGCUGUGGCUUGAUUUGAGUCAAAAUCGAAUUGAUAGACUAAAUACAAACAAUUUUCGUCGUCAACCACGAUUGAGCAAGCUUUUGCUGGGAGCAAAUAGAAUACAGGAAGUGGAUAAAAAAGCUUUUUAUGGCUUGCACAGUCUUCAAAUGCUCAACAUUAGCAAUAACAAUCUAAAAGUGCUCCCACCGUUUGAAAGAUCAUCGUCAUUGAUCGAAAUAAAUACAGAAGGAAAUCCGUGGAGAUGUGACUGUGAAAUUAUACCAUUCCGUGAUUGGUUGAUAAAGUUGAAAACCACCAUAAAUCCGAGCUUGACUAUGGAUUCGGUCAUAUGUUCCAGUCCCCUCAAGUUGAAAAAUGAGAAUAUGUUGUUAAUUGCAAACGAACAACUCUGCGGGCAUCGACGGCGCAGGGAAAAUCUCAGAGAGAGGAAAUUGUGACGCUUAGUAGCAGAAGCGCGGAAUUUUUCGUUGUUAAACGUUGAUACAUAUGAGAUGAGUUUAGAACACGAGGAUGAAGUUGCUGCACAAUAUAGUUACGGAAUUGCGUUGUGUUUGAAUGUUUGCUUUUUCAUGAAAUAGUGCGUUUUAGCACUGAAAAUGAAUACUUUAAAUAUAAAAAUGUAGUACAUUCUUAGUUGCUUUCAAUUACUAUAGUAUUUGUAUACAAAUCGUGCGAGUUAUCCUGCAAAAAUAAAUCGUCAUCAUUUCAAUGAAAAAUAUAAAUUUCAUUCUUGGCGUGUAUUGUCUGGCUUAGUCGCGGGGUGAAUCGAACACCAACUUCUUAUACUGUUAUAUCCCUAAUAUCUAUCUUCUUCGUUAUUGCUCUUAGUUACAUUUUCGGUGUUGCCAUUGUGGUGAUGAGGGGCCUUUUAUGUUUCUAGCAUUUAUGAAUGUAUUUUUUGUGGAGGAAAUUUGAUUUUUAUCAAAUCUUCAGGACGUUCUAUGCGUUUUUUUUAUUCGUUUUACAAUUCAAUAUUGAAAUGCUGCGUUGAACAAUUUCGCGGGUUCGUAACCUCACAGCUAUUUUCCUGAUGGUAAUUACUUGAACUUCUUCAAGUCUCCUGUUUUCAAAAAAAACACUAUUUAAAAGUAAAUGUCGUGAAAUUAAAAAGCAAUCAAAUUCAAUUUGCUAAAACACAGUUGUAAUUUCAAAAAACAUGAAACUAUUCAAAUACUGGUUUCUAUUCGAGAUUCUAGUAUUUUUAGCUAUACGAUGCCUGUCUAUAUACUUCACAUAUAAUAUUUUUCAAUAAAUUAUACGUCACGGUA